CCAUUCAGAUCAAACCGGUUUGCUUUGCGGUAGACUCGGUGAUAUCAAGUUAAAUCAGUUGUUAAGCCAGUUUACAACGCACUAUUUAUACAUCUGCUGUCUAGUUACAUAAAUAUGAGCGACAACGAGAAAGAGUUCAGGGAGCAGGACUCUCGGCCUGGCUCGAGGAGUGCGUCCCCUCGGGGGUCAGCGAAAUCCACCAGCCGCUCACCAGCACGCUCCAAAGAUGGCUCCCGCCGUUCCAGGUCCAGAUCUCGUUCUCGAUCCAGAUCCAAAUCCAGGUCCCGGUCCCACCGAAGCUCACGUAGACACUACUCCCGCUCUCGUUCCCGCUCACACCGACGCCGUUCCAGGAGCCGAUCUCGUAGCUGGGAGUACCGCCGCCGUAGGAGCCAUAGCCGUUCCCCCAUGUCAAACCGACGCAGACACAUUGGCAAUAGGGCCAACCCAGACCCCAACAACUGUCUGGGUGUGUUUGGACUGAGCCUGUACACCACUGAGAGGGAUCUGAGGGAGGUUUUCUCUAAAUAUGGCCCUUUGAGUGAUGUCAACAUUGUGUAUGACCAGCAGUCACGUCGCUCAAGAGGCUUUGCCUUUGUCUACUUUGAAAACUGUGAGGACUCCAAGGAGGCCAAGGAGCGUGCUAAUGGAAUGGAGCUUGAUGGACGCAGGAUCCGAGUGGAUUUCUCCAUCACUAAACGAGCCCAUACUCCCACUCCUGGAAUCUACAUGGGACGUCCCACAUAUGGGGGUGGUGGUGGCAGUGGCGGCGGCGGCGGAGGCGGCGGUGGUGGUGGUGGCAGUGGUGGUGGUUCGUCACGGCGUGUCUCGAGGGACUAUGACAGGGGCUACGACAGAGGUUAUGACAGAGGUUACGAUCGUGAUUAUGAUCGUUAUGACGACCGAGAGUACAGAUCAUACAGACGCAGAUCUCCAUCUCCUUACUACAGCAGAGGGUAUCGCUCUCGAUCCCGAUCCCGAUCCUACUCACCACGUCACUACUGAGCAGUGUGAGAAGAGUCAACGACAGAUUUAGUGUUAUUGUUUAAAUACUUGUUUCUUUAAUGUUUUUUGAACAUAUUAUAUAUGUGAUAGGAAUUCAGGAUUUGAUAUAUAUUAAAAGCUAAACCAAGUUCUCCUGAAAAUGCAGUGUGUCUGAGCACCGAAACAUAAAUGGUGAUUUUAAUCUUUACCUAAUUUGUCGGAAGUGUCAUGAAAAGUUCAUGAAGAGUCAUGAAAAAUUUGGUUCCGGUGAAAACAGGCAAUUCUGCAGAUCUACACCAAAUAUCAAUCACUUUUCACUUGAAUUGAAAUAUGUGAAAUCACAAUAGCUAAGAGAAAUCUGAAACAGAAUCUCUUUGGUGUUGAUAAUUAAACAGUUCUGGUUUCUUUAUGAUUGGCUGGACAGACUUGAUUUUACAUCAGUAUUAUCAAGUAUUUUCUGUGGACAUUAUAUUACUAUUUCACAUUUAGCUGUUUGUAUGUAGCUGGUAAAAUUGUCAAGAUCCUAGUUUGCUCCGGGAUGUAUUUGAAAUACCAUGUUUGUUUUUAAUUUUGUCUUUUUUGGUGCAAAGUACUUUUUAUGGGGUCGGGCGGGGGGUUGUAUAUAAACAAUAAAAAAAAUAACUUGG